UCACUGCUCUCAUGCGCAGUUUUUUUAUCGGUAAAAAAUCGGCCGAUUCGCCCACUAAUUGCCGCGAAAAUCGGCCGAUCGGCAAAAUCGGCCGAUUUUUUUCCAACUUUACCGAAAAAAAAAAACGGCCAAAAUACCGAAAAUCGGCCGACCAAAUCGCCCACUAACGAUCCGAAAAUCGGCCGAUUUUAUUUUCGGCCGAAAAAUCGGCCGAUUUUCGACCCAUCUAUGGCUUGCAUAAGGGUAAUGAAUUGACAAAUGGAAUAAUUU